AUGCUCUCUGUAUUUCAAGUUUGCUACGCGGCCGAAGUCGCUCAGCGACAGGAUGACGCAUCCGUUAUUCUUAAUCCUUUUGUUUAUGCGAUGCCGAAGGUGGCAGAUUCAUCCAACAAUGGGAAGGACAAACCGAACUCUUGCGCGGAUGCUAUGUUCGGAGCAAAAACUCAGAAAUAUGCCCUCUACUUCAUAGUUUUCUUUUUGGCAUGCUUAACUAUCAAGGACGUUGUGGAAUUAGUCCAAGACUAUGCAGAAAAUACAAAACAAUCGGAUCUUUCGCUGCGCUUUAAUUCAUCCAUGGACUUCCCAAAUAUGACAUUUUGCAUGUCGACGCAGAUGGCCCGGUCACAUUGGAAAAUUGACCCGAACGGCAAUUCAACCGAAUGGGAUGCGAUUGUAUUAGAUGCUCUGACCGCAAUGGAUAACAAGACUGAGGCGCUAAGUUCUGCGAAUCCCUGGAACUAUAGAUUGAUCGUUGAAGCCUAUCAAGUGCUCUCUGGAUUGAGCUCAAUGGAAAGAGAAACAGAUGGACCUGGAGCAGCUCGUUCAAUCUAUUCAUUCCGAAAUAAUCCAGAGAGGGGUGCAAUUCGCGAGAUGUAUGAGAAAUGGCUUAGCUGGUGCGACAAAAACGAUAUCACCUAUCAAGAGUUGAUGCAAAAAGUCGGCGAACAAGUCUACAGGGCCUCUCAUAUCUCCUUUGACCGACACACAUUUGAUGACGAGCGACCAGUGAUCAGACCGGACAUCAGGAUCCGCUGGAUCUCCCUCCAACAAAUGUGCUGGUCUCCAGAAUUCAACAAGGAAAAUUUCCAAAGGAUCAACGAUCAAGGCAAAUUUUUCUCUCUACGCCUGUGGUCUAACUUGGACAACGUCAAGAAUUUGGACUGCAUGCACGUUGAUUUCCACGGAAGGGAUUCAUCCCUCAACCGCUUCAUGGAGGGAAAGGGCCGAGCCAGAGAUGGGCUUUUUGAUAUGAUGUGCUUUGCCCAGCAUCACCAACUGACUGUUGAAGUGAAGCAGCGCUACACAAUGCUGGAAAAUGAUGACAAUAAUACAGCAUGUGCCGAGAUGAAGGAGGACACGCCGAAUGAAUAUGAUUGCCGCGGGCGGUGUAGGAUGCAAAUGAUCCAGAAGAUCUGCAACUGUACGGCCAGGACCUUGGCACAUUUGGCUACAGAUGACGAGCUGGCUAAGAAUCCGCUUUGCGAAUAUGCUAAAUGCGCCUUAGACGUAAAUUUGGUGAAAAAGGGCGACUUCUCUGACGAUGCGUGCAGGGCAAAAUGUUUCCCCGAUUGUAGCCAGACAAGAUUUGAUGUCAAGCACGAGGUUCUCGGAAAACUUCCGAUGGAAAAUAUGACCUACGCCGAAAUCCAUUGGGGCGCUUUUGAAUAUAUCAAUAUGGAACAAAGCUACGUGUGGACAUUAUGGAAAUUUAUCGCUGCGUUAGGCGGUGCCAUUGGAGUGUGGCUGGGAUUGUCGGUCCUUUCGCUGAUACAAGGUAUCGGCUACAUCUACAACACGUUCGUCCAGAAAGUGGUGGUUGAGAAAAAGCCGCUGCUAAAUGAAGAUUCCCCUACACCUGAUCGAAAAAUUACAGGAGAUCGGAAAGUGAGCAAGUCUGCUAUGACACUAGCUGCAAACCCCCUGACCAGCCCAUGGAUGGAUGAAGAGAAGGGACAAAGAAGGAGAUCGAAACCAUCCACUGAUAACGGCUACAAGGCGAACCCCGUGCCUACGAAGAUCGUGGUCGAC